UUCAACAUAUGCGACGACACCAAAGACUGUUUCUCGGGCUUAGACGAGCCCGACUUUUGCCAGCAGACGAAAUCAGCGAAGAAACCCGAAGGCAUUUUCGAAUGUGGAAAGAAGUCAAAUCGAACUGCUAUUUACUAUAUUGAUGACAAACUGCUUUGUGACGGAGUCAAACAAUGUCAGGACGGAUCGGACGAAUCAAACUGCGACAUUUUCUCGAAUGCUGAGUGUUUGCCAACGAGUUGUCAUCACAAUUGCCGAAAGAGCGGUCAACUAGGAGUUGAGUGUUACUGCGACAAAGGUUACACCUUAGCCGAAGAUUCCUUUUCGUGCAUUCCGCCAAUUAUGCAGCCUGAUCCGAAAGGUGAAGGGGAAAAACUAUACGCUAUACUCGAAACUGGAGACAUUCUCGAACUGAGCUUGGAUUCAUAUGGAAAUUCAAUUCUGGACGGCAAAACUGUCAUGCAGAGCAACUCAGCUAGAAAUAGUCCAGUUACCAUUUCGGCCAAAGAUAAUUUCGUGAUAGUUUUCAACCACAUGACGAAUUUGAUGGCGCUGGACGUUAGCCAGAUGAACAGCAACAAGAUUCCUGGGUAUACUUUAGUUGAAAAUUGGGUGGAUUCAUAUUUGGUCACAUCUCUCAAUUAUGACUCAGUACACGAGUUACUUUACUGGAUCGAAGACGAAAAAAAUCAACAGUUUUCUUCAAAAUUGAAAGUAGCAAAUCUUAAACUUCCAAGUACAAAUCAGGAGUCGAGUAAAGCUAUAGAGUAUUCCAAUUUCAACAGAUCGACAAUAUUUCAGGGCAGGUAUGACAAUCAUACGCCUGAAGAUUGGCGGUGUUUUACAUCACUCGUUUUGGAUCCUUAUAAAGGUCGUUUGUACCUCGCGAGUAAAUUCCAGAAUGGCUCCGGAGUUAUCGAAGCAUACAAUCAAGACGGCUCCAAAUUAGGAUCAGGUGACGUUCUGUACUUUGGAACUGAGUCUCAGCCGGAGAACUUGAAAGUUGACAUCAAAAGAGACUUUCUGUAUUUUAUGGAUAAAAAAGGACUGGAGCUGAAGAGAAUUCCGAUCGGUAAUGAUCAAACUGGUUCCCGAAAGCCACGAUCGGCAGACAUUUUGAAACAGAUGAACGAUAGAGUUAAUCAGAGAAUUUUGACGUUUGAGGUAUUAGCCAAUCAAAUCAUAUAUUCGGACGAAGCACGAAUAGCUUUUUAUUCGUUUGGUCCGCUGAGUAAUUUUAAUGCAGACUCCAAAUUUGACCCACAACAUUAUUCCUCAAUGGGCGCUAAAAUUAUCCAAAAAUUACCUAGUGGUUUUGCUCCAGUUCAAAUGACAACUUCGAGUAAUUUGCCGGCUAUUGAAAAUGAAGAAUCAAAUCGUAAUCAAUACGGGGAGUCUACGAAUCCGUUUGGCUGUGACGACGACCCUAUUUGUAAAUUUGACAUCGGAAUCUGCCUGCCCCGAGGUCAAAUAAGGUCAACUUGUAUGUGUCCAGAUCACACCUUGAAGGACUCCAGAAAUAACGUAUGCAAACGAAUAAUCGAGUCUUUUGUCGUCAUAGCAACAAAACAAAACGAACAAAUUGAAAAACGAGAUCUAAACGGCGAGAAUCGAGUUGUAAUUGCGGAUCAAGUCAGUGCCAAAGAACUUUACUUCGACGAAGAUUUCUUGUAUUGGAUUGACGAUCGAUUCAGUUCACACAGUUCAAAGGGGGGCUCCAGUAUUCAAAGGGUGCCCGUAUUUGACAUUAAGAAUCAAAAGUCAUCAAACUUCAGAUUGCUACCUACAACAAUCGUAGCCGACUUAGACAGACCGUUUUCAUUAGGCGUUGACAGCACUCGGAAUGUUAUUUUUUGGUCAGAUUUGGUGCGAAAAACUAUUGAAGUUGCGUUUCUUUCUGAGCCAAUACACAGCAAUGUUUUAUUAUCGCGAGAAAAAUCGCCUCGACAUAUAGCACUGGAUCUACUAAGCGGAUUGAUAUUCUGGAGCGAGGAAAAUAGUCGAUCGAUUUGGCAAGCUAACAUGGACGGGUCGGACGUAAAAGUAAUUAUAACUGCAGUUAACUGUUGGCCUGACGAAAUCAAGUUUGAAGCAGUUUUAUCGCAGAUUUAUUUCAGCUGCAGAAGAGCCGACGGCAAAAAAUGGUUGUACGUUGGAAGCGCUGGCGAGACGCAAAAUUUUGAAGUACCUUUGGGAAACUAUAUCAACGAGAACAAAAACUGGUGCUUCACAAUUUUCGAGCAAAAUGUUGUAAUUGCCCAUUCACACGUGAAAAGUUACACCAAACACAAUGGAGAAGAAUCUGACGCAGUUUCCUUCGCGCAGAAUUUGAACGAUGAAAUUGAGCGAAUUGCAGUCUACAAACAGGAAAUGUUGCAGCAAGUAUCAGACCCAUGUGAGAUAGCUAAGUGCUCUCAAAGAUGUCUGAAGGUGUCGGUUUCGCCCUACUUUGGAUGUACCUGUUUCUUUGGGUACAAGUUAAGCUCAGACGGUGUAAGUUGUCACGAGCGUCAGGAUUCGGAUAUUCUUUUGAUGUCUCACGACAGCGGGGUUAAACUCGUCUACCUCAAGGACCGGCCAUUACUAGCUGGAGAGGUGAGUUUACCCGGACGCAAAAGUAGAAUCGGCGAGUUUGAUUUUGACCCCAGCCAGAAGCAUUUGUACUAUUUGGCGUCGGAUUAUCAAAAACCACCGGAACCCAUAAGGAGAGUUCAUUUACUCACGGGGAAGUUGAGUCAAGUUUACGCUGAAGGCGAAGAUGUUACCUCAUUCGCUCUCGAUAAAAUUGGCAGAAAGUUAUACUACGCCGAACGAUUCUGCAAAUGCAUCAAAGUUUCAGAACUCGAUUUAUUCGAGGGAGAGGAAAAACUGCGGACAAAAACAAUUGUUUCAUCGCAAGUUGGCGAAGAUGCCGUGUUUGGUUUGAUGAUCGAUCACAAUGACGGAUAUUUAUUCUGGACGCAAGAGUUCGGCAAUUAUCGAACGGUAGAACGAAUCGAUUUGAACGGCCGAGACGGAUCCCGGAAACAAAUUACGGCACAAAUUAAAUCGACCCAAGAUUUAGAGUAUCCAGCAAUAGAUGCUGAAAAUAACGAGAUCUACUACAGCUUCAAAGGGAAAAUUGAGAGGGCAUCUUUGCAGUACCCGAACGGCGUGCACAAGUUCGAGGAUGUUUUGGACAAAUCCGAUGUUUUUGGGAUUUCCUACCUCAAAGGAGUUCUGUACUUUGGAUCUCGCCCUUCUCUGUCGCAUACAAGUGUUCACACGUAUCAGACAUCAAGCAAUGAUAAAUAUCCCUCUUACAACUCGGGAACACGUAGCAAUUCAUUUUUGCUGAAAGAACUGAUUUCCCAUCAGCUUUUCAGCGUGAAUCACUUACAUGCGUACACAUUUGACGAACCACGUGAACAGAUUACCAACUUCUGCGACCGGAUGUCUCUAAAUGGUCAUUGCGAAUUCAUGUGUCUUCAAACAACAUAUUCUGACGAAACCCCAAAUAAGUUUUCAUGCGAGUGCCCGGACGGCGUGAAGCAACUUCCGCCCGGAAACUUAUGCGAAAAACAGCCUGGAGAUUUUGUAUUGCUACCUUCUGACCGAAUUUUCUACCCUGGCUCACAAAUCAAAGAUUUAGACUUCACAUUCCCAGAAAUUGUGGAACCGUACAGCGUGGAUUUUUUGUAUCGACAGAAGAGAAUCUUCAUAGGAACUAAGAAUAGCGGUGUGUUUUCCAUGGAUUUCAAUGGCAAUGAUAUCCAACAAGUCUUGCCUGUGAUUGAAGAUCUACAGCAAAUUGCGAUAGAUUGGACAACAGAAAAUUUAUUCUGGCUCAGCAAACAAGGCUUAAGUGUUAUUAGAAUCGGUGGUGAUAUGUCAGAUGCUAAAACACUUAUGAAGGCGAGUGAAAAUCGGCUGAAGAAACCAAGAGCUCUUGCAGUGCACCCCUUCCGGGACUUGGUAUUUUUUUCAGACUACGGUCAGCCUCAAGCCCUGAUUGGUAAAAUAAACAUGGACGGAUCCGAGUACCAGACAAUCGUGGCGAACUAUAUAACUUGGCCGAAUUCUCUUGCCAUCGACUUCAGAUUUGAUAGGCUUUAUUGGAUCGAUUCAAGCAAACAUAAAAUUGAAAGCGUCUCUUUGGAUGGAACUCAAAGACGAACGAUUCUGGAGAGACAUUCACCAGCUGUACGUUUGGAAGCGAUGACAUUUUUCAACGGAAGUUUCUUCUACACACGAAGUUUUUCGAAAGGAAACAUGAACUUGCAAAUGUUUAACCUAACCAAAUGCGAGGCUUCCUACGAGCAGUAUGGACAACCAACCACUAAAUGUGAAGAUUUGCACAAGGGAUACUUCACGACUCAAAGCGAAUACAAACCGAAGUCCGUUAAAGUGGUCUCGGAAAUUGGGCAGCCAAUGAAGCCUCCAAGAAGCAUCGAGGGACGAUUGAGUGGCUGUAAUGUUUUAGCUAACCCUCGUGAAUGUGAUUAUAUUUGUCUAAGUAAUCCUCAGCUAAUAACAUGCGCAUGCCCCGACCGAAAAAUGUACCCCAGCAACUGCAUCGAAAAAACGAUAAUGCGACCUCAAAUUCAUUCAACAUAUGCGACCGAAACUCCAGCUCCUAAAACUUUAAAUUCCGACAGUCACGAUAGCAGUCCGUUUGCAUUCGAGCUGAAGUUAGUCAUGAUAGUUCUGGUCAUAAUCGCGGUCGUAGUGAUAAUACUCAUGAUUGCGAUUUUGCUUCUCAUCAAGAAGCAUAUGAUUGCAGCACCACCCUCCCCGCAUCGGGCAAUUUUCACCAACCACGAUAACCAGCCGGCCGCCACAGUUAUUCUACACACUCAUCAGUAUCCGCCAUUAGGUCGCGGAGGUGCUUUGCCCCCCUUCGGAGCAGGGGCAUUCAAUCCACGUCCCCCUCUGGGAAGACAGUCGAGGAGCAAUGUAUACCAAGAUCUUCCGGUUCGUACCAGCUUGCUACCAUUUAAUCAGGAGGUCAAAUUUGCACCCGGUCGUUCUUUUCCACCGCUCGGAGCUCACCGGUUUUGCAAACCCAGCUUCAUUCCCGGACAUGUGCACUCAGAACACAAUCCACCACCUUACAGUCCGAGGAGCGAGAGUUCGAGACAGGGAUCCACCGGCGGCAGCAGCCAAGGUAGCAGCGGGAACUACCAACACUUAUACUCUGUCCAGCCAAAUAUUCCAAACAUGCAGCACCACUUAAACAGAUUGGCAGCAGUCACUGGCCACCCGCCGCCCCUUGGCCCGUUCUUAGUAGGCGGUCCUGGAGGGAGUUACUCAAACGCGACAACUCCGAUGACGUUCAGUGAAAAUUCAUCCGAAGAUUCCCAGCAACACAGUAACGACGAAAGCAGCACAGCUUGAAGAUCACAAUUUUUAAGCUAAAAUGCCAAAAAGAGAAGUAAAUAAAUUGAAAAGCCAACGAUAAAUAGUUUUAUAAUACCUUGAUAACAAUGAAAGUUAAUAUUUUUCCAAUUUUAAAUAAUUAUUUUUCAUUUUUGUAAAUU